AAUGAUGAUAAUGGUAAUAAUAAUGAAAAUAGAAAUAAGAAAGAUAAUGAAAAGAGCGAUGAGAAGGGUAAUGAAAUGGGUUAUCAGGAGGAUAUUAAAGAGGGUGAUAAGAAGAAUGAUAAGAAUGAGA